UGUUAAUUGACAGUCAGAGUGGACAAUUGCUAGCCAUGCGCAUUGUGCAGAGCGCUACAACUUAUAAAGCUCACGGUUUUUUAUUCAAAACACCAAACAUUAAAAGUAACGACAGCGAGCUAAGACUCAACAAGACAAGAGACAUUUUGUGUCGUUUAAUCACGCGACAACUUCGCCCAGGCCACCUUUACAGGCUACACUCGUGCCCUGGAGCAUUUUUGCACCAUCAGGCAUAAACAACUCAAAUAUUUCAUCAAGCAGUAUGAGCUUGAGUGAGGAAUCCAGCACAUACACUUGAUCGGUGACCGGGACGUCGUGUCCUGCUUCAUCUCUGCUGCAAAUUGGCGCUCGUAGGUGUGUGUAUAGAUGUGAGAAGUUGGCGCUUAUCAAGUGACGACGCAUUUUAAUAUAGUCCGCAGGCUCGCCAGAACACAGCGUUAAAACAUGUCUAGCGCCACUGCUGAUAAUUUUACAACACAACUUCAAGCCAACCAAAAUGGAUCGUUUUAUUUCGGGGACAAGCCGAUCUUCUUUGAGCCGGUGUAUGACUCUUGCUUGAUCAUUCUAGCUGUGUUGAUAAUUGCAAUCAAUGUUCUCAUAACAGUGCUGUUUGUUCGCAAGCGAGCACUUCGCACUAAAACCAACACACUUCUAGUGAGCCUGGCUAUUUCUGACUUGAACUUGGGGUUUAUUGGGAUCCCGACCAGUGUUGCGUGCAACGCGUUUGUCUACUAUCCAUCUACACAAGGACUUUGUAUCACUUCGGCAGUCAUCUACCGGUUCAUCGCUGUGUCAACCAUCUUCCACAUCUUCGCCAUCACCAUUGAGCGUUAUAUACUGGUUAUUUAUCCAUUCAAGUACAUGUCAAUGGUGCGAAUGGCGAGGCUACGGCGGGUUAUAGCAGCGAUUUGGACUGGUUCCUUCUUUAUUGCCAUCAUUCAACUAGCUUGGCAAGACUUUACCAACUUCAACUCCGCCGAUCCAAUCAAAGUGACGUGCGCGCUGGUUUACAACAUAUUUGGGAUCGCAAUUUGCUUCGUAAUUCCUCUCUGCGUCAUGGCUUUUACCUACUAUCGAAUGUUUAUGGUGAUAAGGAGACAAAUCAACCAGAUCAAAAAACAAAGCUUAGCUAGUGAGAGUACGGGUGAGACCCACAAAGCCCCGUUAGCUACUGAGAUGCGGGCAAUAACAAUAUUUGCAUUAAUGUUAGGUAUCUUCGCCACUUGCUGGUCCACCUGGUACCUAGGACUUAUUAGCGAGUACAUCAUUCAUCCUGACGAAGAAGACUACGAAACGUACGACAGGUGGUUUUCCGUGUUCGACUUCUUGCGCUUCUCGGUGUCGUUCAUCAACCCUUUAUUGUACACUUUCAUGAAACUAGACUUUCGCGAAGCAUUGCGGUCCCUUAUUCCCAUAGGCAAACAUAGUAAUAACAGAAGGCAGCGGAGAGAGAUUUAUAUGUCUUUGGGUGCUAUUCGAAGCAAAAAGGAGAAAACUCAAUUUUUAAGUCCUCCUAGCGACCGGACAAUCGAUACCAACUCUGGGGCAUAAAACAAAAAUUUGCCUACAAAUGUAAAACCUAUGCAUUAAAGACGAUUAUAUGCUUUACACAAAAAUGCAUCCGAAACUAACAGUGAAUGUUAUUUCAAGAACAAAUAAUUCAUCAUGUGAUCAGCGUUAUUUCGCUGAUUUUUUGGGGCGUAGAUUUUGGCUUGUGAAAAAGGGAGAAAUGCCGUGUUAUUACCAGCGUCUCUUUUAGAUAAAAUGAGUAGCAAAACCACAAAAUACUAGACAUCGCCAAAACCUGUGAUUUAACAUGCCAGGGAUUUUUGUCUGAUGAAAAAGAGAGUUUACUAUGGUAAACAAUAGUAUUAUUAGUAAAUAAUCAGUAGAAUGCUACAGUACAUUGGUCUAUUUUGAACAAUUGUCAAAAAAUUGUGAAAAAGGAUAGUAUAAAAAAGUCAACAUUGGCAAUAUUGGCUUUCUCAUUUUAUGGCGACGAAACUGUGCGUUUUAUCUCAUCCUUUGAUAUGGGUUACAAAUAUGAACCAUCUACCAUAUGUCAUUCGAGUCGCAUUAUUCUUAGUGCUUUUAAAACAUCCUUUCUUCAUUGCUUAAUUCAAUUCAAUCCAGACAAUCUUAUUAUUUGAUUAUGCGCAGUGAAAAUUGUAUGUAAAGGUGACAGCAGCCUUUUAAUAUGUGCGAAAGACAUUUAAAACCAAUUUUCGGUUGUCUUGUACUGAAAAGAUCAGAGAUAAGAGAUAAAAUUAAAUGUGAUAUGCUUUUUCUGAACAAACAUAACACUGGCGCUUCUUGGUGGUCUCAAUUCAUUUCCGUAUGUCAGACGAAAAAAUUAAUCUUUUUCUUUACAAAUCCGCUCGCUCUGUUUUGAUAUGCCAUUUUAUAAAUUAUGCCAUUUAUGCCAUUUUAUAAAAAUCACAAGUAAGAAAAGACAAAGUAGAAUCACAGCAAGAGAAUAUAAAACCCUCUGUGCUUUAUGCACAGAGAUGAUUAAAAUAUAAAGAGACCAAAAACAAUUAAUAUAGCCGAAGUAUCAAGCCGAAGUGUCAAAAUGCUUCCGUCAGCUUGAAAUAGUUCGUUUAUGUCUUGCGCUCUUCCUAUAAUAUGGCUUUUUGGAUGUAGAGUUGUAUUGAUAGUGAUCGGUAAAUAGAAAACUGCUAAAGGGAAUAAAUCGCAGAGGAGCGUUGAGGAGGCUAACAGUGCCACCUGUUUCAUUACGAUAUUUGCUCGAGAUUGGAGAGCUUUCUUACGCCCGUCAGGACAGGGUCUCCGUCAGGACAGGGUCUCCAUUAAGAACAGGGUCCCUGAGAUCGGCCACAAAGUACUCUUGAUGAUUUUUAUACCGCGUUGAAUGAUGUACAUGUCUACUGGAGGGGAGGGGGAUGCUGAAUGUUUAUGGUGUUUACGGUGUAUUGAGGUCGAACGAGGAGGAGAAAGGAGCAUGGGAGAACAAGCAAAAAAUCCACAUUAACUCGAAAUUAGCACGGUCGCAUUUUUUUUAAGUGUUUGCAGCAGUUCGAGUACUCGCUUUCUUUUUGAAGGCGUUUGUUCCGAUGGCGCUUUUUGCAGGCGUUUGUUCCAACGACUCUUUUUGCAGGGGUUUGUUCACAUGGCGCCUUUUGCAGGGGUUUCUUCAGAUGACGCUUUUUGCAGGCGUUUGUUCAGAUGGCGCUUGAAAUGGCGCCAACGACUACUCAGGACUAGGUGUUUUUGCGAUAAUAAUACCCCAACAAUUUCAAGCAGGCUAGUAAUAUAUGAUCCCCCAAAAUCACCAAUACGCCAGGGGUGAAAGCGUUUUUUGUAGAGGUACAUCUAAAGGUGGAAAUCGACAAGCUUCGAGAAGAUCAAAAUAUUAAGGGUGCGCUUUAAGACAGUAAGUCUUUAAGGACUCCGCGUAUACUUGAAAAGGUCUUAGAUAUAUAGUUACCGUUGAUAUUCUAUUUUAGAGGAGGCUCUUAUCUGCUAAAUCUACUUAUCUUCCUAAGUAACACACAUUUUCACACAUUGCCCAGUGCGUUCUUUGUUAGAGUUGUUGCAGAAAAGAACCUUCCGCUUACGAUAAAAACAUCUAUAUAUAGGCAUAUCAAGGACAAUUGAAUAGUCUUUUUGUUAUCAUUUUAGAUGUUUUGAAUGUUUAUAGAAUCGAUGCAUGGCUUUUUGUAAUUUAUAAAAACAUGUUCACAAGGGAUACGAAUGACGCGGACGAUGUUAGAACUUUCGUAAUUUUUUUCUCACGGCGGAUAUAGUGGAUUUUAAUAGUAUUCUAAAAGCUUUAGGCUAAACAUGGGGCUCCAGAAAAAAAUUAUCUGCUUAAAAUGCUAUAUGAACGAGCAACAAAACAAGUUUUUUAAUAGGAUAAAAACAUGUGAGUCGGGUAGUUCCUAAGUGUCAUUUCGUGUCGAAAUGGUUAUUAAAUAUGACGUUUAUUGGCAUGGUAUCUGAUAAGAGACGCGUAUAUAAAUACCAACAAUAAGGAAUGACUUAGGUAAUCGGUGUAAUAGCGCCAUAAAAACAAACGAAGAAAUAGGAAAUCUAGAAGUACAACGGUAAACGAAAGAAAAAAAAGAAUUUUAGUGAAAGCUCUGUGUACAGCAAUAGUGGUUCACUGGUUUUGCUUUUACUUUGCUCUGUGUACAGCAAUAGUGGCUCACUGGUUUUGCUUUUACUUUGCCUGGCUCAGCGACGUGAGGCGACCAUCGCUUGGCAAAAUUGCACCGGAAUUUCGUUGACAAAUUUUACUUGAAUUCGCCAACACUUGACUUGUAUUCUUUCGUUACCUGGUUACCUGCGUUAACCCUGUUUGCACUUGUGAUCCGUUUGCGUUCACCUGGUGUGUACUUGUGUUGUGUGUAUUUAUUCACCCGGUUCACACUUGUGUUUUGUUUUCAUACACCCUGUCCGCACAUGUAUUGCUUUUGCGUCCUCUCUGUUUACAGUGUUGCGUUUGCGUCGUCUUUGUUUACACCUGUGUUGCAUGUGCAUUCGCUUGAUGGUUCAAACUUGUGUUCAGCCGCGGAUCACUAUAUGGAUUGGAAACGCGAAAGAAAAAAUCAAUGCAUUUUCCUUUCUACUCUUUUCUUACAACGACAUAAGAGACCUGACUAUUAGCAGGAAAAGGGGAAAACGUUUUCUACUUUUUAUGUUAUCAACGAUUCCGUGCAGCUUGGUAAUUGCCUAUUUCAAAAUUACACUAAAUCACUAUUUUCUCAUGUUUUAUUACCAUCAUCCUAAAUCACUCACGUCGUGCAUAAUCUUAAUUUAAUAUUUUGAUACGCGGCUUUAAUAGUAAAAUUGUUGAACAGUAAAAUUAUUGAAAAUAGAUCAAGAUGAAACCAUCUUAUGUAAAUAAAAAUAGUAAAGGCAAACAAAAUGAAUAGAAAACUGCUUUUUUACCCACAAUAGUGAAGUUUUAGAGUCAAGGAACUCAGAGUGCAUAUCUGGAAUCGAUAUCAGUAGCAAAGACAGAGCAUGCCUCCUGUGGGCGCUUCAGUUAUUUGAAUUUCAAAAUGACUAUACUUGAAGCUGUAAUGACUCUGCCAAAUUUUCGUUUUUAAUAAUUAAAUUUAAUAUUUUGAUACGCAGACUGAAGUCUGCCCUGGAGAAGUUUUAUUAAAGACGAAAAUUUGGCAGAAUCGAAUUCCAGUUCUUGGUGUAUUAUAUUCAUUCUUCUGGUUCACGAACA